AUGGGGGGACCUGACAUCGUGGCCUUCAAAAGAUUGUACCAGUGUCUGUUGCUCUACACUGCUGACCCCACAGACACAGAUGAAGCUUCUCAGAAUGUUUGGGCAGUCCUGGGUGAGAGUGACGUACCAGUCAAAUCGCUGGUGGCCGUGCUAUCCUGUUUCAUCCUGGCGGGAAAAAGCAAAAUGGCCAGCGUCCAGGAGAGGAUGAGCGGCCUGCAUGCUGCCGCCCUCUAUCUACUGCUGUUGGGAAUCCCAGGGAGUGUUGCUAACAAGGUGUUUCAUGAAGUUUUGAUGGACAUGUGUUUCAACAUGACUCAUCACUGCUGGCCUCAGGACUUGGGCAAGAAGCGUAAGAAGGAUGGUCCAAAGACCUCUCAGGGUGAAGGGAAACGCAGCAAGCCUAACCGCAGAGAUAAUCCAGAGGUGGAUGUAGAUGAAGAGGAGGAGGAGGAUGAAGAGAAUCUUCACUUCUCUGGCCAAGACCUCAUGAAAAUCAGAGAUGCUGUUGUUCUCUUGAUUCAAACCCUCCUCAGGUUCCUCCAGAGAUUUCCUCUGAAGGACAAACCUCAGGCUGCCAGCUCCCUCACACAGAUGCUGAGCAAACUGAUUUACUUUGAGCCGGUCGUUGGACAGUUGACCUUUGCUACAGGUAUUCCUGAGAUGGCGUUCUUUGGCCUAAAACUGUUGUGCUCACCAAAUCAUGGAGACCAGAAACAGUCACUGCAGAGAGUUUUUCACCGGCUGCUCUUUGUGAUCCUGAUGAUGAUAAACCCAACCAAGGGAAGCCGACCCUCCUCACACCCACCAGACUGUCCUCACCACCCACAACCGGCUAUUCAUUUUGUUUGCCAUAUUGUGGAGGACAUGAAGGAGCUGGCACGUCCAUUCCUACAAAUCCUCCUGCAGCAUAUCUGUUUCCAGAUGGUGGAGAAGAGCGAGUUUCGAACUCACGGAGCCCAAGCUGUGGGCAUGCUGACGUCUUGCAUGACGAGUCCAGAUUACGCCACAUUCAUCAGAUGGCUGUAUGACUGUUCCAGACACUCAAAGAUGGUGUGCCGGUUGUUUUCUGUCGACGUGGCGAUGGUGUUACUGGAGCAGCCGGAGCGCAAGCUGGACGACUGUCCUGAUCCACAGCUCAUCUCUUUCCUGCCGCACAAGUUCCUGAUCCAAAGCCUGCUGUUCGCUCGGAGAAUGGACGAUUCACCCACUGUUCAAGGCCACGCCCUCACCUGCCUGGCCCAGUGUCUGGAGUUGCCUUCACUUAAUGUCACACGGGCUGUUCAUGGCCUCUUCUCUGCCACUGGAACACCAACGGUCCUGGAAAGUGAAAUGACAGAAGGAAGUAUUAGUUCACAGCAGACACAGAAGACCUACCGCAGUCUGCCCUUUAGGACCGUGGAGAUCAGCAGCAGUGACGGCACAGGCUGUGAUGCUAAAGAGAACCUGGCUCUUCUCCUUCACCGUGUGAGUGACUUAAAGACGAACGUGAGGAAAGCAGCGCUGCAGGCCCUGGUCGGGCUCCUGAAGCACGGCGUGAUCCCCAUGAGCAGGGAGAACCUGUCUGUGCUGUCCGAGCGCUGCAGAGACCCCGCCGUGUCUGUGAAGAAGAAAGCCCUGCAGUGUGUCGGAGACCUGCUCACAGCCAAACCAGACUGCAGUGUUGUGCAGAAGGCGUGGCUUCAGGGUGUUGUGCCGGCCGUGGUCGACUCCGAGAACUCUGUCCAGGAGAAAGCCUUGGAGGCUUUGGACCAGGUUCUUCUCAGCCAGGUCAAACCGUACUCUUCCACCCACCACCUCGACAGCAAGCAGAGACUGACCUGGGACCUGCUCCUCCUGCUGUGCUUUGAGUGCCAGAACCUCAGCCGGUAUUUCAGCCGGGCCUUCACCAUCUGGUCCAAACAGAAUAAGUUUACUUCAACAUUCAUCAAAAGCCUGAUCUCUCACACCGAGGCUGAUCAUGUAGCUGGGGCCUGGCUGCUUCUCUCGAAGGUUGUGGCUUCAUCUCCACAAGUGCCCUACCAAAAGAUCCUGGACGCCUGGGACAAGAUGGUCAGUUCAGAAGACCUUAAUGUGGCGACCUGCUGUCAUAUCCUGAGUGUCGUGGGAGAUAUUGCUGCACAUCUGAAUGAGGACACUAAAGACCGGGUAGUUGAUGAUCUGAUGUCAUGGAUGAAGACUUUCACGUUGUCUCUGGAGGUGAUCAGUGCUGCUGUGGAGACUCUGUUUCGGCUGGGCCACACUGAAGACAUCAGACAGACCCAGGUAUUCAUGAAUCAGCACUGUGGUGAGCUGGUGUCCAUCUGUGAGAUGUAUUUAGCCGGAAUCAUCCUGAGUGAAAAUGGAACCCAGAACCUCAACGCGGAGCUGAUGGUGAAACACCUCCACACUUUGGGCGUGGCAUUACUACACUGUCCCUCCAGGAUUACCAAGAGGACGGUCUUGCUGGUUGAGUCUGUCCUCACCACACGGUCUGACAGCCUGACAGCAGACUGCGUGGAGGAUCCGCCGGCCUCGCUGCCGCUGUCCCAUUUCAGAGCAAACCUCAUGCCUGCCAGAGUCAGAGCCCACGGAGUCAUCACGCUGGGGAAGCUGUGUCUGCAGCACGAGGAACUCGUCCAGAAAUACCUGCCUGUGUUUGCCAGAGAACUGGAAGUCGGCACAGAGGUCGCUGUGCGCAACAAUGUGGUGGUUAUCAUGUGUGACCUGUGUGUACGAUACACCAACAUUGUGGAUCACUACAUUCCCAACGUCUCCGCCUGUCUCCGAGACAGUGAAGCGGUCAUCAGGGAGCAGACGCUCAUCAUGCUGACCAACCUGCUGCAGGAGGAAUUUGUGAAGUGGAAGGGCUCCCUCUUCUUUCGUUUCGUGGUGGUUUUGGUUGAUCCCAUCCCAUCCAUUGCCAGUCUCUGUGAAUACUGCCUCAUCCACCUCCUGCUGAAGAAAAACCCAGAAAUGUUCAGCCAGCACUUCAUCGAAUGCAUCUUCCACUUCAACUCUUACAACAAACAUAAAUCCUACAACAGGUUCCGUCAGAGUGAGAGAGAACGAGCUCUGUUUUCCUUAAAAGGAGCUCAGCACCGUGAGAAGCGUUUUCGGAUCUACCGCUUCCUGUUGGAGCACUUCACAGACGCUCAACGAUUCAAUGUCACCAACAAGAUCAACCAGACUGUGUUGGCAUGCUUUGCAGACGAGGAGCUUCCUCUGGAUGCUGAUGGUGCUGAAAUCUUGUCAGAAACUUUCAGUGUUUUGAGUUUGAAGGAGAUGAAGCUGCAGGCCAUAUCUUCAUCCCAAGGAGGUGCUGCAGCUGAAGAACCUGAGGAGGAGAACAUGGCUGCCAUAGCCAAAGCUGUCCUACAGGUUGCACAAAAGAAGGUGGUGUCACAAGUCCAGAAGAGGGCCUUCAUCGAGAACACGGUUCCUCUCAUCAUCGGCUUGAAGAGUCUGCUUGAGCAGAAACGUUCUCCUGUUGUCAGAGACCUGAUGGCCUACCUCCAGGUCACCAUGCAGGACUACCGCAGCGAGGUAAAAGAGUUCUUCUCUGGAGACGAGCAGCUGGCCGCUGAGGUGGAGUUUGCUCUGCAAGCUGCCGAGAAGGAUCGAGAGAUGGAGGAGCUGAUGGAAGGCUGCAGCCUGGCAGCAGGCACCAAGAACCAGUCUGCUCAGGUCAGGGCCCACUCUCUCCAGGCUUCAGUCCAGGUCUUACCCGCUCAACCGAAGCGUCUCCUCCCUGUUGUGUUUGCGACCCCACAGCCGACACGGCCAAAGUUUCAGCCAACUCAACUGGCUCACACUGACAGGUUUUUAGAUUUGAGGCUGUGCUGCCGUCUUAUCUCAUCAGUACACACGCAAAAACUUUCUAACCUCUACACGGGGGUCCACGUGGACCCCACCAAGACUUUCUAA